AUCCAGACUGUCAUUCCCCUCACUUCCGGAGGAUGUCGCUGUGUCAGAGCUCCAUCCUCCGCUCCGCCACCACCGAAGAAAAUGACGCAGCGCACCUGACAGGCGUGUUUUUAGCCUGUUAGCUAGAGAGCUACAUCUCUAAACGCUUAAAACCGGUCCUCGCUUUCAAAGUCAAACAUUUUCUCUGGAUAUAGAAGUGCUCAAAGGUCUCGAAUCAAGAAAAAAAAGGAGAAGACAAAGGCAGAGCAGUCAUGCAGAUCACACUGAAGACUUUGCAGCAGCAGACCAUUCAAAUAGACAUCGACGAUGAGCAGACGGUGAAGGCAUUGAAAGAGAAGAUUGAGGCUGAGAAGGGCCGAGACAGUUUUCCAGUAGCGGGACAGAAGCUGAUCUACGCUGGGAAAAUCCUGCAGGACGAUACGCCCAUCAAGGAGUACAAAAUUGAUGAGAAGAACUUUGUGGUGGUGAUGGUGUCAAAGACAAAAGCACCAGGCCCACCCGCUCCACCCUCAGAACCACCCAAAUCUGUCGCUACACCUUCCUCUUCCUCUUCUUCCUCCUCUUCUCCUCCCGUUCCAGCCCCUGCAGCCAUUCCCAUCCCCGGAGACGAGUGUUCGGACGACCCUCCUGCAACCGUCUCGCCCGCACAGAGCCCUGACCGUGGCUCGGGUCUCGGGGCUGAUGGGGAAGAUGCGUCUUCAACAUUAGUCAAAGGUCAGGAGUAUGACGCCAUGCUCACAAAUAUCAUGUCUAUGGGCUAUGAGAGAGAUAAAGUGGUGGCGGCACUCAAGGCCAGUUAUAACAACCCACACCGCGCUGUGGAGUAUCUGCUCAAUGGGAUCCCUACUGUCCCAGUGCAGGAAACCAGUCCUGCUCCAGCUCAGCUCCCCACAGACACGCAGCCCGCAGAAGGUGAGAAUCCGCUGGAGUUCCUGCGCUCUCAGCCGCAGUUCCAGAGCAUGAGGCAGGUGAUCCAGCAGAACCCGUCCUUACUGCCGGCCCUCCUGCAGCAGCUGGGACAGGAGAACCCUGAACUCCUGCAGCAAAUCAGCCAGCAUCAGGAGCUCUUCAUCCAGAUGCUGAACGCGCCGGUGGGUGAAGGUGAAGUCGAGGCUGGAGAGGGCGGAGAGUUUGCUGAUUUGGGUGCUCUCGGUGACGAGGCGGCACCUGGGAGUUACAUCCAAGUGACACAACAGGAGAAAGAAGCCAUCGAGAGGUUAAAAGCUCUGGGGUUUUCAGAAGCUCUGGUGGUCCAGGCGUACUUCGCCUGUGAGAAGAACGAGAACCUGGCCGCAAACUUCCUGCUCAAUCAGAAUUUCGAGGAUGAAUGAGAGUCGCGGAGAGCCCACGUGCCCCUUCCCCCGCCACCACACAAGCUCUGCAUCUACUCGGGACACCAGUUUCCCCCCAUUAUUUCUUUGAGUUUACAAGUCAAGGGGAGACUCGCAGACUGGUUGGGGACGGGGCGGAUGCAAUCACUCGGUGAACAAAUUCCAAUGGAAUUGAUGGCAUUUGGGUUGAAUGCACUCUAGCAUGUUGAAGAAGUGUGCUUGCACGUGUGUAUGCGUGUUCCCUUAGGGAAUAUUUGACUAAAUCAGCAUCAAUUGAAAGCAAACGCUCUCAUAGUAGUAUUAUGGGCUCUGAGGAGGUUAGAUGUGGGCAUACGCAUUUGCUUGGUUGUUUUUAGUUGGGGAAAAGAAUUAAUAAUAUAUGUCUAAUGGAGGAUUUUAUAUAUUUCUCUAAAAUCGGAGAUAUUUCUGUAUUUCUCCCAGCACACACCUCUGAUGAACGUGAUAGCAGAAUUAAAAAAUGAAACAAUUAGUGCAAAUUAUAGCAAUUCUAUAACAUUCUCAGCGAAACAAAAUACCUAAAAUGAUGUUGUUCUAUAAACGAAUCCAUAUCGUGUGGAAUAUCAUAAUCCGAGUGAUGAUCGUCUUGAAUAUACUUGAAUUCAAUAGAUCAUUUGUACUAUUUAAAGUCAACAUGAAAUGGAAGUCACAAGCUGUUUAUUUUUGCAAGUUUAACAGGAAAUCGAAUUUACCAAAAUGUAGAACAAGACUCAAAAAUGAAGGAUUUGUUCCUUCUUGCCUGACAUUUUAAAUUUUUGAUGAAAGAUUGCAUUCUUUUUUUUUUAAAGUUUAUAAUACAAUUUCUGCAUAAUUCCAUGCAUACAUGCUUUAAGAAUGUAAAUAAAGUCAAUUUCAUGUUGACUUUAAAAGCUUCUUAUUUAAACUUUGAUUUCCGUUAACCGUUGGAGCAAAACAAUGUUCACAAAUAUAAAUACGGAUAAUUUUUCAUGACAUUAGCUUUGCUUAUAUUAAUACGAGAGGACCAACCUGUAUGUUAGCAAGAGGUUUUUGGCACACUAGAGCUCACUGCAUUUCAGAAGCCAAAAGCAGAGACCUGUUACAGCAUGAUGAUUCUUCACCAGAUUAAGUCCCGUCAAAGAGAGAUUUUCUUGAAUCAUAUUAGUGUAAAGCUGACAAUGGGUUCCUCUGUUCAUGUAUUGAGAGGAAAGUCUUGCAACAUUCACCUCUUAAAGCAGGUUCAUCGGAUGGAAAGAGCCUUCGGCAGCGACUCACCUUUACAUUGUUUUCGCUCAUAGCAAAGAAACGCUCCUUUGUAAUGUAGUAGCCAAACUGCCAGACAGUAGACUUUUGUUUACUUAUCAUCAGGCCUACAUGAAGUCUGACCUAGUGGAAUGUCUUUAAAAUAAAUGGUCAUUUUUGAUAAAUGCAAUGCUUUCAUUGCUGAAUAAUGUAUUAUGAAAUUCUUUAAUGUAUUAUCAUGUGGUGGAAAUCAGCAGAGCUUUGUGGAUGCAGAUUCCAUGUAGGCCUGUUUGUUAGUAAUUAAUCAUUUGAUUUUACUAUAGCUUGAACUCCCCUGGGAUCAAUAAAAUCGUAUUGCAAAGAAAAGUUUCAGAGUGGUGUCAGUUUCUCACCAUAAAACAAACCCACAUCAGAAUCUUUGUACAGUCAAGAACAUCAUUUAUUCAAUCAGGUGCUGCUCUUUACAAACAUUUUAGUUUUUUAUAAUGGAAAAGAAUCUGUAAAUAACACAUGCAGAUUGCCAAAGGCUCCGUGGAGGCGCGCGGGGAUGGAGAGCGCUGGAUCAGAGACGCUUCUGUACCAAAACACAAGCACAUCGACAGCAGAGACAGGAAGAUAUUUAAAAACAUGUACGGCUACAUAAGCAUGAGUAAAUCGGGUCAGAUUCUGAAUAAUUAAAUGCAAUUAAAGUUUCAGAAUCCCGACACAAGCCAGAGGGAUGAUUAAUAAUACUGAUUUUAGUGCUACUGACUCUUAAGGAGACAAUUAAGCACUUAAUCACUUCAGCAUAGUGUGCAUGUAAAAAAUAAUGAACAUUAAUUAAAUCGAUGGAUUAUUUUAAUUAAGAUGACCAAAGUGUCAUACUAUACAUGCAUAGCAUCUCAAUGGCUGUUGCUUGACUGGCACACCAAGAACAAUAACUAUAUUAGCAUCUACACUAACACACCAAGGAAGUGCAUGCUGUAGGCUAGUUUUGACAUCUUCCACUUUAAAUGAUCAAGGAUGGAUUCUGAUUGGCUGUCAAUGUUUUCAUUGUUCAUUAGCUGGAAAAAAUUUUUCUGAAAGUGACUCCAACAAUAUCGUUUCUCGGUCUCGUUAAUGUAAUUACGUGCAAACUUCUCUAUUCUUAUAGAAUUAGAAUGAUUAUUAAAACUUUGUAUUUAUCCUUUAUGCAAAUUUUCUAUAUCCACUAAAAAAAAUUCACUGCUGAAACAUCUACUUUAAUGAUUAAUAUGGUGCUUACAAAAAUUGCAUGGCUUGAAGUAUUUUAAGUGGAGCAGCUGGAUUGAACAUGUAGCCUAUCUAUUACUAGUCCAACCAUUGACAACAAAGCUGCUGCCACAUCUGGAUCAGUACUUCUAAAUGCAGGGCAUAUUAUUCUUAGUGCACUGUUUUAAUCGGUGCUUAAGGUGCGAUUAGCAAAUCAUCAGUCAAGUUCCUUAAACAGCUGGUCUCAAACAACCACUAAAAAGGUGCUUUUAAUUGCAGAGUCAACAGCGAGACUCUGAAUCAUCACUAACGGAAAUAAAUACAACACAAACAAACACAACAGCGCUACUGUGCAUCUUCUGGUCCAGCGCUCUCCACCGACAGCCAAACAGAUGUGGCACCAGGACCUCACUGCUUCCCAUGACACACCGGUACUGCUGGUCUCACAUGUAGGGAGGGUGAGCGGGUCGGUCCUGGGUUUGUACUCAGAGCCCACUGCGUUUGACCGAAGAGCGAGAUGUGUAUGAUAUAAACGUGAAGCAUACAGACAGGGAUAUAACAUUAGAGUUUACAACAUCUUGCUCAAGAGAAAAAGGUUCAACUUUUUUUUUUUUUCCAACUCUUUCAUCAAAAGUAGGGAGAGGGAGGAAAGAUAAGGAUAGACAUCUACGGUGCCAAGAGCGAGAGACUGAUAAAGACAGAGGUACAGAGAAAAAGGGACCCAAUUUUUUUUUGCCUUUUAAACUUUUUUUUUUCCAUCAUUGUACAAUAAAAAGAACGAAAUCACAUCCAUUUUCUUGUAGUACUAUAUACUGUGUAUACGGCUUGAGAAAGCUCAGAAGGAGGAGAGACGGGUGUUCAUCAUUUACAAGAUGGUGUCUGUGAACAAAAGGCACUUUGAAUGGGACAACCUUUAAAUGCUCACCUAUACACUACAGCACAAACACUAUGGGAGCUCAUUUACAUACAGGAAGUGUUUCCAGGACGAUACGGGGCGGCCAUGGCUCACUGAUUUUUUUUCCAGGCGCAUUUUUGCCUCUCGACUCGAACCUCAUGUGCUCUAAACUAUGACUAACGAAACCCUACUCACAUUAACAUCGACACGAUCUCAUCUAAAUGAAGCAGAGAUUUGGAGCAAAUGUGAUCUGAUUGCUUGUGACGAACCCUCUACUUGUGAUGCUUCAUUUUGGCCAUUCCUCCAAUCAAAACAUGCUUUUCUGCAUAUUCAUCUGGUAUUUUGGUGCAUUCAAGUCCUCCUGGGAAGUUUGUAUUUAUGAGUUAGGAAGUCAUCAAGUGUGUUCAAAUGCCUUUUUAAGCUGCAAAAUGACAAAUAAUGUGCAUCAGAUGUGUUUGUGCUUUUUUUUGUUUUUUUUUGAGUUUUUAUUCAAUUUAUGAAGGUGCAAUUGUUAUGGAUUAUAUCGCUACUGUGGAGUACUAUCAUAAUUUAUUAUGCAAGUUCAUUGUAAAUGAAAAACAAUUUCAGACAUUUUAACAACCUUACCGCUAAUUACAGAUGCUGACUUCAUUGUGGCGUUCAUGUCAAAUACAAUCUUUCCAACAAACUUGAAUGCACCACUUAUCUCGACAUUUGAAGGAAUAAGAAGGGGCAUUGCUUUCUUAAAGGUUGUAGUAAAAUGCCUUUUGUCAGAACCAAAAUAUAUAUAUAAAAAUCUGAACCCCCUCAGUAAAUACAAAAGAGAAGAAGAGAGAAACAGAGGCUUGCAAAACAUGUCUCGUCAGAAACAGUCGUUCUGGUGUGGUAUUAUUUGCGCUUGAGUAACAGAAGCACCAGUAUUUAUUUAAUUUUUUUUUUUGUCAUUAUACAUUUGCUUUUGUAAAAUCGUUCCUUCGGCCCCCACCCCUAAAAUAGUUUAAAAACAAAAGCUUACAAAUAAAACAUUAAAAAAAGAUAAACGAAAAGUAAAAAUUAACUUCCCCACUUUAACGCUUACAAAGACUGGGAUUCUUUUUGUGGCCCUCGUGUUUAGAGUCCAGGAGCUUGCAGACUUCAACUUUUUUUUUUUUUUAGUCUUUUUUUCACUUGCUUCGCUUUCUUAAAAAUCUGAAGACAAACACAGAUAUCUACCCAACACAUUGCACACGGCUCAGUCCACAUAGAACUUUUUUUUUUCUCUCAAUAAUAACACUUUUCAACAAAGAGAAUUUGUGUUUUCUCUGAAGAAUUGGUUUCUGUUCUGAAGGUGUAUUUGUGUCCUGUUUUUGAUCUGCACUGACCUGAUACGACGGUUCAGGCGGUUCUGACGAGAUGAUCUGAUGUUUUUGGGUUUCAUAUGUUUGGACGUUUUCAUAUGACAUCACUGACUCGGGUCAAGGGUCAAAAAAUAACUAGACUGCCAUAGAGCUAAUUUCACAGCGGAAGAACUAUACAUAUGUCCAUAUAUAUAUAUACACACACAGUAUGAGUACGAUAUGUUCUGGAUAGCAUCUAUCUAUAAAUAUGAUGUUUGCAGUUGCUCAUAUGUUGUUUGCCAAGCCCAUGAUACAUAUUGUACAUAUUUUCUGUAGCUUAUACAUGAAGUGAAGACCCUGAAUUGCAUGUAAAGGGGACACGAGGCACUUUGAUGUGUUUCAAGUGAAUGAUGAAAUCGUCAGCUCUCAGCCAAUCAGAGUCCCUGACAAUGUGAUUGACAGCCAGGCAGUCCAGUUAUUUAGUGAGGUCAGUGGUUUCGAGCAUUUUCUUUUUCGAGUUCAUCUAAAUUUUAAAUAUGCUGUACUUUAAAUAGGAUGCAUGUUGUAAAAUCAUGUUUGAUAGAGGGGUUUGAGUUUAAAGGUUUCCCUUUGUCCUUUAAGGAAGUGGGUGUGUGUCAUAGUGCAAUGUUUGUGUACGUGUGCAUGUAUGUACUUUAGUUGAGCACUGUGCUGAUAGGCUAAAUGAAAUGGCAGCCGUGAGUAGAUUGUCGUGCGAGUCAGGCUGUACCGGUGAACUGAAACAAUAAACUGAGCAGUGGAGGAAAAAAAAAAAAAAA